UUUCAGUCUCAUACCAACGAUGGGUUGCAUUAAUAGUGUCAGCUGUUGUUUUAUACCUCUCUGUGAUUGUACAGAUGAUGGUGGCGUAAAUGUCGUGGAUGGCAUUGAUUUUGGGGGAGGCGGUGGAGGAGUCCACGUGGUCGAGUCCAUGGACUUCGGGGGUGGUGGGGUCAACGUAGUCGAUGGAAUUGACUAUGGCGGUGGGGUCAACAUAGUUGAUUACGGCGGAGGCGGUGGAGUCAAUAUAGUCGAUGGGAUUGAUUACGGUGGCGGCGGCGGAGUCAACGUAGUCGAUUAUGCUGGAGGCGGCGGGGUUAACAUAGUCGACGGAAUCGACUAUGGUGGCGGCGGCGGAGUUAAUAUAGUCGACCACCAAGGAGGUGGUGGAGUUAAUGUAGUCGAUGGCGUUCAAUACGGCGGCGGUGGCCGGUGGUAGAUACAAAAUUAAUUGUAGAAAAUGUACAUACAUAGUUUUAAGGUUUUUAUAAUAACUAUCGUGAAU